AUGUCGAACAACGCCACACCCAAGCUCCCAUCUGUGCAAGAUAUUUUGGACGAAUACGGAGAUUCGGUGAACUUCGUUUUAGAUCCUCGAUGGCGUGCGGCAAUGGACAGACAACAGGGCACUGAAGAAGAGUUCAAACAAUUAGGAGAAGCCAUUGAGUACCUUUUACCGAUCUUGGAGAAUGCGCCGGGGAACUCGGUCGUAACGACACCUACUCAAGAACCCGUUGGGGCUGCACCUGGGACUGGCAGCAGUAGAUGUGGCCGCCAUGAUAGUAUUCCAACUAACGAAGACCUUCCUCUGUUGGCAACUGCCACACCUCUGUCACAAACUCGCCCACCUAAUCCUUAUGAAGCUUAUUCCUUCCCCUCUCCAUCAUCAUCCAAUUUGUUCGUUUACGAAACACCUUGCGAGCCGCUCUUUAAACGGCCGAAAACAGAUCACAAUCCUUUACCUCGAGUCGCCGAGUUCCUCAGCCGGCAGACUUCCACUCCCUCUCACCAACCUGGCUUGUCAGCUCGCGGACGAAAGCGAAAGGCAUCCGUUGUUGACUGCGCGGGUGACGUUGAUGAAAUACCGUUGCCAGAUGCAGCUUCGCAGCCCACAACUACCAGUUUACACUCACAAUCACCGCCUCAGGCGGUUAUUGACGAAUCAGCUCUCCAGAAGCACAGCAAUAAGAGCAAUGGUUCCCGUCUUUCCUGA